CACUGAAUGAACAGCCAUAUCCUUUUCACACUUCGAUGUCAAACUUUCAGACCUUGAGGCACCUCAACCUUAGGACCAAAACAGCAGUUUUCUCACUCAUGUCAAACUCCAUAGUCCUUAUGCAUCGCUCCUCAACUUCUUCUUAAUUUUUUGUCUCUUAUCAAGCACAACCCAUCCCUCCUCUUCUCACUCACUCACCAUCUCCCGACCGCAUCGGUCAGCCAUCACUCACUCACUCACACGAUGUCCCUCCCACCCCAACCCGGCGCCCAUGAGACGCCCCCGACGCUCGACCCCGCAGCGCUCAACGCAGCCAUCGCGUCCCUCGCGCCCGCGCUCGAGCUGCUCGAGCGCUUCCACCACCGCAACAAGAACCAGCACCGCCUGUCCAAGUGGUGGGCGCAGGCCGACAUGCUGCGGCGGCACGUGCGCAAGAUGCUGCGGGAGCUGGAGGACGGGGUCGCAGAGGCGGAGCGCCUGGCGAGGGCUAACGAGAGGAGGAGGGCGCGGGAGAGGGAGAGGGAGAGGGUUUCGCUGUUGAAGGGGGUGCUGGGCAAAGCGGGCGAGCCGCCAAGGCGAGGUGGGAGAGGGGAUGGGGAGAAGGGGAAUGAGGUGGUGAGGAAGCGAGCUGAGUAUUUGCGGUGGCGGCUGGGGCCGGGGGCCUAUCUGUGGGUUUUGCCGUGUUGUUUCUGUUUCUCGCAACAUGUUGUUGGACACGAUGUUGGCUAACCCGCCCGGCCGCCCGC